UUCAGUGGUGUAAGGACCCCACGGUGGGCUGGCCUUUCCGGGGUCAGCGCCUUGAGACCCUGAAUACGGUCUGCCCCGCACUUCCUUGACCGUUAUGUGGGGCUGGGCUUUAUUUGCCUUGGCUUCUCCAUAAGGGAAGUGGGCACCCCGAGGAUUAGGCUUUCUGAAACAAAGACUCAUUUUGAAGAUGUUUAACAAAUCAUUUGGAACACCCUUUGGGGGUGGCACAGGUGGCUUUGGCACAACUUCAACAUUUGGACAGAAUACUGGCUUUGGCACUACUAGUGGAGGGGCGUUUGGAACAUCUGCAUUUGGUUCUAGCAACAAUACUGGAGGCCUCUUUGGAAAUUCACAGACUAAACCAGGAGGAUUGUUUGGAACCAGUUCAUUUAGCCAGCCAGCUACCUCCACAAGCACUGGCUUUGGGUUUGGUACAUCAACAGGAACAGCAAAUACCUUGUUUGGAACUGCAAGCACAGGGACCAGUCUUUUCUCAUCCCAAAACAAUGCCUUUGCACAAAAUAAACCAACUGGCUUUGGCAAUUUUGGAACCAGUACUAGCAGUGGAGGACUCUUUGGAACCACAAAUACCACCUCUAAUCCUUUUGGCAGCACAUCUGGCUCCCUCUUCGGGCCAAGUAGUUUUACAGCUGCUCCUACUGGGACUACUAUUAAAUUUAACCCUCCAACUGGUACAGAUACUAUGGUCAAAGCUGGAGUUAGCACUAACAUAAGUACCAAGCACCAGUGUAUUACUGCUAUGAAAGAAUAUGAAAGCAAGUCACUAGAGGAACUUCGUUUAGAGGAUUAUCAGGCUAACAGGAAGGGCCCACAGAACCAGGUGGGAGCAGGUACCACAACUGGCUUGUUUGGGUCUUCUCCAGCCACUUCCAGUGCAACAGGACUCUUCAGCUCCUCCACCACUAAUUCAGGCUUUGCAUAUGGUCAGAACAAAACUGCCUUUGGAACCAGUACAACUGGAUUUGGAACAAAUCCCGGUGGUCUCUUUGGCCAACAGAAUCAGCAGACUACCAGCCUCUUCAGCAAACCAUUUGGCCAGGCCACAACCACCCAGAACACUGGCUUUUCCUUUGGUAAUACCAGCACCAUAGGACAGCCAAGCACCAACACCAUGGGAUUAUUUGGAGUAACCCAAGCCUCACAGCCUGGAGGUCUUUUUGGGACAGCUACAAACACCAGCACUGGGACAGCAUUUGGAACAGGAACAGGUCUCUUUGGGCAGACCAAUACUGGAUUUGGUGCUGUUGGUUCGACCCUGUUUGGCAAUAACAAGCUUACUACAUUUGGAAGCAGCACAACCAGUGCACCUUCAUUUGGUACAACCAGUGGCGGGCUCUUUGGUAACAAACCAACCCUGACUUUAGGAACCAAUACAAACACUUCUAAUUUUGGUUUUGGCACAAAUACCAGUGGGAAUAGUAUUUUUGGAAGUAAACCAGCACCUGGGACUCUUGGAACUGGGCUUGGUGCAGGAUUUGGAACAGCUCUUGGUGCUGGACAGGCAUCUUUGUUUGGGAACAACCAACCUAAGAUUGGAGGGCCUCUUGGUACAGGAGCCUUUGGGGCCCCUGGAUUUAAUACUACGACAGCCACUUUGGGCUUUGGAGCCCCCCAGGCCCCAGUAGCUUUGACAGAUCCAAAUGCUUCUGCUGCCCAGCAGGCUGUUCUCCAGCAGCACAUCAAUAGUCUAACAUACUCACCUUUUGGAGACUCUCCUCUCUUCCGGAAUCCGAUGUCAGACCCUAAGAAGAAGGAAGAGAGAUUGAAACCAACAAAUCCAGCAGCCCAGAAGGCUCUUACUACACCUACUCAUUAUAAACUGACACCCCGCCCUGCCACUAGAGUCCGGCCAAAGGCUUUACAAACAACAGGCACAGCCAAGUCACAUCUCUUUGAUGGGCUGGAUGACGAUGAACCAUCCCUAGCCAAUGGAGCAUUCAUGCCCAAGAAGAGCAUUAAGAAGUUGGUUUUGAAGAACCUUAAUAAUAGCAAUCUCUUUUCUCCUGUUAAUCGUGAUUCAGAAAAUCUAGCUUCACCAUCUGAAUAUCCAGAAAAUGGAGAGAGAUUUAGUUUCCUAAGCAAACCUGUUGAUGAGAAUCACCAGCAGGAUGGAGAUGAAGAUUCCCUUGUGUCACAUUUUUAUACUAACCCUAUUGCCAAACCUAUUCCUCAAACCCCAGAAAGUGCUGGAAAUAAACACAGCAACAGCAACAGUGUGGAUGAUACCAUUGUUGCAUUAAACAUGCGUGCUGCUUUGCGAAAUGGGCUGGAAGGAAGCAGUGAAGAAACCUCUUUUCAUGAUGAGUCGCUUCAGGAUGACCGAGAAGAAAUAGAAAAUAAUUCUUACCAUAUGCACCCAGCAGGUAUUAUUCUCACUAAGGUUGGUUACUAUACUAUUCCAUCUAUGGAUGACCUUGCUAAAAUUACCAAUGAAAAAGGGGAGUGCAUUGUCUCUGACUUCACUAUUGGUCGGAAAGGUUAUGGUUCAAUCUAUUUUGAAGGAGAUGUGAAUUUGACAAAUCUAAAUUUGGAUGAUAUUGUGCAUAUCCGGAGGAAAGAAGUAGUUGUCUACUUAGAUGAUAACCAAAAACCACCUGUGGGUGAAGGGCUAAAUAGGAAGGCUGAAGUUACAUUGGAUGGAGUUUGGCCAACAGAUAAAACAUCUCGUUGUUUAAUAAAGAGCCCAGAUCGCCUUGCUGAUAUCAACUAUGAAGGAAGAUUGGAAGCAGUUUCAAGGAAACAGGGAGCUCAAUUCAAAGAAUACCGGCCUGAAACUGGUUCUUGGGUGUUUAAGGUCUCCCAUUUUUCUAAGUAUGGCCUUCAGGAUUCUGAUGAAGAGGAGGAGGAGCAUCCAUCUAAAACUAGUACAAAGAAGUUGAAGACUGCUCCUUUGCCUCCUGCAAGCCAGACUACGCCCUUGCAGAUGGCUCUUAAUGGCAAACCUGCACCUCCACCUCAGAGCCAGAGCCCAGAGGUGGAGCAGUUAGGGAGGGUUGUGGAACUGGACAGUGACAUGGUAGAUAUCACCCAGGAGCCAGUUUUGGAUACCAUGUUAGAAGAGAGCAUGCCUGAGGAUCAGGAACCUGUGUCUGCCUCAACACAUAUUGCAUCUUCACUGGGAAUUAAUCCACAUGUCUUACAGAUCAUGAAAGCAUCAUUGCUUACUGAUGAAGAAGAUGUAGAUAUGGCACUGGAUCAACGCUUCAGUCGCCUGCCUUCCAAAGCAGAUACUUCUCAAGAAAUCUGUUCUCCCAGACUCCCCAUUUCAGCAUCCCACUCGUCGAAAACUCGUUCACUAGAGAUGGAUCUUGCUAUCUUGCCCCAGGCUGGCCUUGAACUUCUGGCCUCAACUGAUCAUCCUGCCUCAGCUUCCCAAAGUGCUGAGAUUACAGUUGGUGGGUUACUACAAUCAAAAUUUACAAGUGGAGCUUUUCUUUCACCAAGUGCCUCUGUGCAAGAAUGUUGUACUCCCAGAACAGCAUCUUUAAUGAAUAUCCCAUCCACAUCCUCUUGGUCUGUCCCUCCACCCCUGACUUCUGUGUUCACAAUGCCCAGCCCAGCCCCUGAGGUUCCGUUGAAAACAGUGGGUACACGUAGGCAACUAGGCCUAGUCCCUCGUGAAAAGUCUGUCACCUAUGGCAAGGGAAAACUCUUGAUGGACAUGGCCCUAUUCAUGGGACGCUCAUUUCGUGUUGGUUGGGGCCCCAACUGGACUCUUGCUAAUAGUGGAGAACAGCUGAAUGGCUCUCAUGAACUAGAAAAUCAUCAGAUUGCUGAUUCCAUGGAGUUUGGAUUCCUGCCCAAUCCAGUAGCUGUUAAACCCCUAACUGAAUCCCCAUUCAAAGUUCACUUAGAAAAACUCAGUUUGAGACAAAGAAAGCCAGAUGAAGACGUGAAAUUAUAUCAGACACCUCUGGAGCUCAAAUUAAAACACAGCACUGUCCAUGUGGAUGAACUGUGUCCUCUCAUUGUCCCCAAUCUGGGAGUUGCUGUCAUUCAUGACUAUGCAGAUUGGGUUAAAGAAGCAUCAGGAGACUUACCAGAAGCACAAAUUGUGAAGCACUGGAGCCUGACAUGGACACUAUGUGAAGCCCUAUGGGGCCACCUGAAGGAGCUUGACAGCCAGCUAAAUGAACCCCGUGAAUACAUUCAAAUUCUGGAGCGAAGAAGAGCUUUCUCCCGCUGGCUGUCCUGUACUGCCACACCUCAGAUUGAAGAGGAAGUCUCCUUAACCCAAAAAAACAGCCCUGUGGAGGCUGUAUUCAGCUACCUCACAGGCAAAAGGAUCAGUGAGGCCUGCUCUCUGGCCCAGCAGUCAGGUGAUCAUCGUCUUGCUCUUCUUUUAUCUCAGUUUGUGGGUAGCCAGUCAGUCCGGGAGCUGCUCACCAUGCAGUUGGUGGAUUGGCAUCAGCUCCAAGCAGACUCCUUCAUCCAGGAUGAGAGACUGCGCAUCUUUGCUCUGUUGGCUGGAAAACCGGUGUGGCAGCUCUCAGAAAAGAAGCAAAUAAACGUGUGCUCCCAGUUGGAUUGGAAACGCUCCCUGGCUAUCCAUCUUUGGUAUUUGCUUCCACCAACAGCCUCCAUUUCUAGGGCGCUCAGCAUGUAUGAAGAAGCAUUUCAGAAUACCUCUGACAGUGACAGAUAUGCCUGCUCCCCACUUCCUUCGUAUCUGGAGGGUUCUGGCUAUGUGAUAGCGGAGGAGCAAAACUCACAGACACCACUUCGAGAUGUCUGCUUUCACCUUCUAAAACUCUACAGUGACAGACAUUAUGAUCUCAACCAGCUGCUGGAGCCUCGAAGCAUAACAGCAGAUCCUUUGGACUACCGCCUAAGCUGGCACUUGUGGGAAGUGCUGAGGGCUCUUAACUACACCCAUCUCUCAGCGCAGUGUGAAGGUGUGCUACAGGCCAGUUACGCUGGCCAGCUUGAAAGUGAGGGGCUCUGGGAGUGGGCCAUCUUUGUCCUCCUGCACAUUGACAACUCAUGCAUACGUGAGAAGGCUGUUCGAGAGCUGCUUACCCGGCACUGCCAGCUGUUGGAGACCCCUGAAUCUUGGGCUAAAGAGACUUUCCUUACCCAGAAGCUCCGUGUACCUGCCAAAUGGAUCCACGAGGCCAAAGCUGUGCGAGCACACAUGGAAUCUGACAAGCACUUAGAGGCCCUUUGCUUAUUUAAGGCUGAGCACUGGAACCGCUGCCACAAGCUCAUCAUCCGACACUUAGCUUCUGAUGCCAUCAUUAAUGAGAACUAUGACUACCUGAAGGGGUUCUUGGAAGACCUGGCACCUCCAGAGCGCAGCAGCCUAAUUCAGGAUUGGGAAACAUCUGGGCUUGUUUACCUGGACUAUAUUAGAGUCAUUGAAAUGCUCCGCCAUAUACAGCAGGUGGAUUGCUCAGGUAAUGACCUGGAGCAGUUACACAUCAAAGUGACUUCACUGUGCAGUCGGAUAGAGCAGAUUCAGUGUUACAGUGCUAAAGAUCGCCUGGCUCAGUCAGACAUGGCCAAACGUGUAGCCAACCUGCUGCGCGUGGUGCUGAGUCUGCAUCAUCCUCCUGAUAGAACCUCCGACUCAACACCAGACCCUCAGCGAGUCCCUUUGCGCCUCUUGGCUCCCCACAUUGGCCGGCUUCCCAUGCCUGAGGACUAUGCCAUGGACGAACUGCGCAGCCUUACCCAGUCCUAUCUGCGAGAACUGGCUGUUGGGAGCCUGUGAGCCCCAGGCACUUUGCAUCACAGUCACAUGCCCAUUCCCACUCACUACGCAGAGGUUCCCUGCCUUGUUUGGAUUGGCACUGUUUGCCAUUCUCUGGGUUGGCUGUGGCAUCUACCCUCCCUCCCUGCUGCCAGAAGCAGCAUCCUCCACUUGUUCAGGGCUUUUCUUAAUACUGAACGUAGCAUAAGGGCUUCUGGAACCCAGAAGAGGAGACAGUUUACCAUCCUCAAGAUCAUUCAGUGUUUUUCCUUUAAAAAAAUGGUCAAUAAAGCUCUUUUGGCAGAAUCCCCCAAAGAACCAGGGUAUUCUUUUUUCAUCCCUAGCCAUGCUGGAUCUUGUGACCCUCCAUGCCAACCAGCUACCCUACUCCUACCCUGGCCCUUUUAUACUAGGACUCCUUAGGAGGAGUGAGACAGGUGAUAAUGGAUCCUUAACAGAUGAACUAUCCACAGAAGGAAGAGGGAUCUGUCUCUUAAGUAAUUGGUUAGUUAACACUGAAUUUUGGAGGCAAAGGAGGGCUGGCCUGAGUUAGGAAACAAAACGGGAUCUUUCUGACACACUUAGGGCAGAAGUGAAUGCCUGUCACGGAGGGAUUGAUCUUCAGGGCUGUUUUUGUUCCUGCCUUUAGUGUUCCAUGAACACCAUACCUUUGCUACUACUAUGUGCAGGAGCCCUUGGUCACAUGUGACAUGUCUGUGGGAAGCUCCCAGAGUUUGGUUUGGUCCCUGGUUUUCAGUCUUGCUGAGACUCUGUCUGGAUUUGCCUGCAGAGUUUGGAUAAAAAAUGGCAGGUUGGGUAACCCUCCGUGUUCAUCCCAUGUUAGCUCCAAAGCAUUUCCCACCCUCCAUCUACCCCUUCCAGAAGCAAAAACAAACCAUGACUGAGGCAGGCAUGGAGUUGGGCGUUAGGGGCAGGCAGAGGGCCUUUGCUACACUGCUGACAGCUAUAGGGAGCCCCAGGUAAUGGCAUGAGAUAGCUGGUGUUAGGGCUAUCUCAGGCAAUAUGGCCACACCUGGGUCUUUAUGCAUGAAGAUUAUGUAAAGGUUUUUAUUAAAAUAUAUAUAUAUGUAUAAAUAAAUGAUCUAGAUAUUUUCCUCUUUUUCUGAAGCUACUUUCUUAAAAAAUAAAUAAAUAAAAUGUUUAUAGCA